AUGGCAGCUAAAAGGGGUGUUCGGUCCAAGGCAACACCGGCGACACCCAGGCCGAGCUCAAGCGUCAUACUCAUCUCGCCCAAAAAUGAGGUCCUGUUACUGCAUCGCGUCAAGACAUCAACUUCAUUUGCCUCGGCGCAUGUAUUUCCUGGAGGAAAUCUGUCUGCCCAGGACGGAGAAUGUCCCGCGGCGGAGGAUCCAAAGAGGCACGAGGAUGCGCCAUGGUACCGCAAUGCUGCCGUGAGGGAACUGUUUGAGGAGAGCGGUAUCCUGCUGGCGAGAGACAAGAACACAGGCGUAAUGCUAGCUGUACCCGAGGCAGAGAGAGAAAAAGGAAGACGAGCCAUCCAUCAGAAUGAGGUGGCAUUUGCCGAGUGGUUGAAGAAGCGGAAUGCUGCAGCAGUUCCGGACAUAGAGCCUUUGAUCCCGUUCACGCGAUGGAUUACCCCUACGAACGUCCCCAAACGGUACUCGACACAGAUGUACCUCUACUUCCUGCCUCUUCCAGUUGAGUCAGACCAGUCAGUACUGAAGGAGAUUCCCGCCGAAGGGGAGAGGGAAGAAAUUCAACUUCCUACGAGCGAUGGCGGGAUCGAAAUAACAGAGGCCAUGUUUCUGCCUGCAGCAGAAUGGCUGCGGAAGGCUCAAAGCGGCGAAAUCAUCAUGUUCCCUCCGCAGUUCCUUUUGUUACAUCUAGUGUCGCAGUUCCUCGACAAGGAACCGCGAGCGACGGCUUCGCUCGAGGAACUGAGGAACAGGCGAGCAGAAUUGGUGGAGUUUGCCCAUUCGGGAACACCGCCCUGGACGGAGAAAUGUAUCUCUCCUAAGAUGCUCAAAAUGUCCUCGGAUGGACGGACUGUGUUAGCAUUAGAUCAUCCCGGACCUGAGUUGGAGGGCACGAAUCGGGCUGGAGAGCCGGAUCGGGUGGUGUAUGUACAGUUCAAGCAGGGGGCUGCUCGAAAACUCGAUGUUCGAUGGAAGAAGGACCAUCAUAGAGAGGAAGUGCAACAUGUGAAGCUCACUUGUGAAGAGCCCGAGUCAUUUAGCACUAUCCCGCUUUGGGCCUUAGCACCUCGGUACUCCGUAGUAGAUUUUCACGACAGUCCGCCAGUUGAACCCGCCAGCGCACCUCCGUCUUCUUCACCGUCGUCGACCCAAGAACUCUACCAAACGCCAAAAAUGGAGAACGAAAAGGGAGAGAUCGUCGAUCUCUACGUCCCCCGCAAGUGCAGCGCCACCAACCGCAUCAUCAAGGCCAACGACCACGCCUCCGUCCAGAUCUCCAUCGGCAAGGUCGACGAGAACGGUCGCUACACCGGCGAGAACCAGAGCUACGCUCUCUGCGGUUUCAUCCGUGCCCGUGGCGAGAGCGAUGACUCCCUGAACCGCCUCUGCCAGCGUGAUGGCUACGUUCGCAACGUCUGGGCCGCCAGCCGCCAGCGGUAA